GAGCAAGUACAGUCAAGAGUAAAGUGAGAGAGGUUUAUUGUCAUUGAACGAACUGGAUGUUAGGCCAACUUGCUUUGUAUAAUUUACUAUUUGUAGAUGUGUUCUGAUGCCAUUCGUAGUUUGUGGUUUAUAUGAUUUUAGAGUUUUGUUAUGAGUUCUAUUGAUUUGUCGAAAUUUAGGUACCAGAAUAAUAAGAAUAAGCUCAGUGAUUCCACCGUAGGCCUACCGUCACCAACUGAUGACAAGAAGUUAGAGGAGUCUGCGUCUGUCUCUUCUUAUGAUGGUAGAUCAGCCUUAGAGCAUCUAACUCCAAAGAAGUCCAAAACCGGCUUUUUUCUUACUGAUAUAACCUGUAUUCCAGAAACACCGGAACAGUCAGUAGAGGAAGGAUCCCCAAGUCCAGUGUUUGACAAAGGAAAAGCAAUUCCUUGUAGGCGGAGGUCUGAAUCAACAAUAACCACUAACCAAAUGAAUUCUCUAUCUGACCAGGAAUCUGAUAACAGUGACCAAUCUUCCGCCAACUCCAAGGAUGAAUCUGAUAAUGAAUAUUUAGAGAAUGAAGUCAGUGAGACAUUCCCACCCGUUCAAAGACAGCUAAAUAAAAAGGGCAGGAUACUAUCGUCAGAUGAGGACUGCAGGAUACUAUCAUCAGAUGUGGACUCUACAAAGCAGUCUGAUGAUGAAGUGGAACAACAGACAAUAAAAGAGGAUGAUGGUGGGCAGCUUAGAACCUGUGCUAAGAGAAAGAUGAGACUACUUAGCGAAUCAGCAGAAGAAUCUGAUGAUGGAAAGGUCAACAAACAGGAUGAAGAACCAGAGGAAGAACAAGAUAAAGAAACGGAGGAUGAACUGGGUAAUGACACAGAGGAUGACGUUGAUGUAACAGAAAAAAUUGAUGAGCAGGAUUUGUUAGCUCAGAUGGUAGAUGUUUUUCCUCACCGAAGCAAGAAGGCUCUUCGUGCAUCUCUUGUUAAAAACAACUGGUGUGUGUGUGAUGCAGUUGCCACAAUGUUUGAAAACAGAUCAUCAGACGAUACAGAUGGAAGUCUACCGGAACCAUUUGAAAAGAAAACAUCUCGAUCAAACUCCAACUCCAGUAGAUGGAUCAGGAAAGCAGACUUUCGUUCUGUUGCUAAACCAAACAGAUCAGAUGGUGAUCAUGUAACAAACGGAAAAACUAAGAAGAUAAAAAAGAGGCGUCGUAUAGAAGUGAGUGACAGUUCUGAAAAUGAGGAAAUUGAUAACCCAAGUAAGAAGAAUAGAAUUAAUAAAAAGAAAACCAGAACAAUCCAGUCAGACUCUGAAGAGGAGGUUUGCCUUCUGCCAAAAGAGCGCAGAAGUCACAGCAAAAAAAGAGCUGUUGCAAGACCAACUACUAACAUAAAAUGGAAGAAGAAUUUGAAUGGACAUCUAGAGUCAAGUGGGGAUGAGUCUGUUGAAGAGGAAGGGGAUGUCUCCAGUGAUGAGGAACUGGAAACUUUCUCUGAAGAGUUCAAAGUGAAGGUGGUUGAUUUUUACAAUAGUGCCUCAGUGGAGGAAAUGACUAGUAUUGAGGGGAGCUCAAUGAAGAAGGCGGAACUGGUUGCUAGUAUACGACCGUUUAAUUCCUUUGAAGAAUUAAUGAUAGCAAUGUCUUCUACGAGAAGCCUAGGAACACACCUUGUUGAAAAUGCUGAGGAUUUAUUUACUCAAAGAGCAAUGCUCGUGAGUUUGAUGACAGAGUGCUCAAAGAUUGCAGAGAAUCUACAGGCUUUACUAGCAGAUCAACUCCCCAGGAAAGACUCUGUGGAUUUUGAUGAAAAAACUAAAUGCAUGGUCAGGCAACCAAAGCUACUGCGUGAAGAUCUAAAGUUGAAGGAGUACCAGGUGAUGGGAUUGAAUUGGCUGCUCCUAAUGGAUCAACAAAAUGUUAAUGGAAUCCUUGCUGAUGAAAUGGGGCUUGGCAAGACUAUUCAGACCAUAGCGUUUCUUGCCCAUCUUGUGGAUUCGGGCAAGGUCGGGCCGCAUGUCAUUGUUGUUCCCUCAUCAACAUUAGACAAUUGGGCAAGAGAGUUGCAUACCUGGACUCCAUCUUUAGUUGUUUUGCUGUAUUUUGGAAUGGCCAGUGAGAGGGCAAUGCUACGAAGGGAACUGUUAGGAGGAAGGAGGACCUGCAACAUAAUUGUCACAACGUACAACGUUUGCAUCAGCAGUGGUGAGGACCGUGCUUUAUUCCGCAAAUUACCGAUUCAGUAUGCCGUAUUUGAUGAGGCACACUUCUUGAAGAACAUGACAACUCAGAGAUAUGUAAACCUUACGAAGAUAAAUGCAGCCAACAGAUUACUACUAACUGGAACUCCACUUCAAAACAAUCUACUGGAAUUAAUAUCUCUGCUCAGCUUCAGUAUGCCAAAUCUCUUCAUGUGUAAAACUAACCACCUGCAAAGAAUAUUUUGUCUAAAGAAACAAAAACAAGGAAAAGAAAAUGAAAUUGGGACAUUUGAGAAAGACAGAAUUGCUCACGCUAAACAGAUCAUGCAACCAUUUGUCCUAAGGAGGAUAAAAGCUGAUGUUCUAGCUCAGUUGCCCAAGAAGAUUGAAAAGAUUCAAAUGUGCCCACUGGAGCCAGAACAGGAGCGCUUAAACAAUGAACUCAAAGCCACGCUCUCCAAGAGUUUACAAAACAAAAAAGAUCCUAAACUGUUCACUAAUAUAAAGGGAGCUAUGAUGCAACUACGAAAAAUGGCCAACCACCCUCUUCUUCACCGUGUCAUGUACACCGAUGAAAAGCUGAAGGAAAUGUCUCAAGUUAUGCUCGAGGAUGAAGGGCAUAAAGAAGCGAAUCCAGCCCUCAUAUUUGAGGACAUGAGCGUAAUGUAUGACUAUGAACUCCAUCGCCUGUGCCACCAUUAUCCAGUCUUGAAGUCAUUCAGACUGCCUAUUGAAACUCUCACUGCCUCAGGGAAAUUUACUGUUCUGGACCAAUUACUGCCUGAAAUGAAGGCUAAGAAGGACAGGGUGCUUAUUUUUAGUCAGUUUGUAAUGCUCUUGGAAAUUCUUGAAAUUUAUCUACAACAUCGUGGACAUAGCUACCUAAGAUUGGAUGGACAAACACCAGUUACUGACAGGCUUGAGCUGAUCGAUAAGUACAACAAAAACCCAGAUAUUUUUAUAUUUCUGUUAUCAACAAAGGCUGGUGGGUUGGGUAUCAACCUAACAUCUGCUAAUACUGUAAUUUUACAUGACAUUGAUUACAACCCUUACAAUGACAAGCAAGCAGAAGACAGGUGUCACAGAGUCGGGCAAACAAAGAAUGUGAAUGUAAUUCGACUAAUUAGCAAGAACACCAUAGAAGAAGGGAUGUUGAAGCGUGCUCAGUACAAGUUGCAGUUGGAGAGGGACAUGAUAUCAUGCCAGGAUGAUGAUGAGGAGGAAAAUAAAGCAAGUGAUGCAUCUAUUCUUCAGGAGGCACUGCAUCUAUAAUCAGCCUGUUUAUAAUGUAGAGCAACGUGUGGAAAAUGUUUUUCCACCUGGGAUGUGUAGGAGAGGAAUAUUCCACCUAGAUUGUACAAAUGAUGCAACCUAGAUUGUAAGUCAUUCCACCUUGAUUAGGUCAGGCCAGCUUAAAAUUAAUGCUAUCCAGAAUGUAGGCAAGUGAAACUAUUGUACAAGGAUAACAAUUUAAAACAAAAAUUGCCUUUUAUUCACAACUCUUUGGAAGUGAUAUACAAAAUACAAAGAAACCUAAAAACUAUUUUUUCCUACAGAAAUAUAAAUAUUUUAGAUAGUAUUCUACAAUAAUAUAUCCCAAAAUCGUACUCAAACAAUGUAUACUAGAUACUAAGGAUUAGGCAAAAAAAAAAA